GCGCGACUUCUCGUACAUUCAAACGCGUGUUGUACGUGGCGAGGAGUGGAGCGGCGCGCCGGUCGACCGAAGCAGGCCUGAAAUUCCGGCCUUCCUUCGCGUCCAAGUUAUCGUGUUGCUUCGAUCGAAUCACUGCGAAAUAAGAUGCUAUUGUCGGUCGCUGUUUGCCGGAAUCGGUAAUAGGCAACUUGAUAUUACGUGGGGAACCACCGGCUUUAUAAACGGUGUACUCGAUCUUACCUUCUACAUAUACUCAAAGUAGUCUCAAAACCGGAAUACGACACAACACGCACACACACACACACACACAUACUGUGUCGAUGAGUAUUGUGAUGUUAUUUACGCUCACAUAAGAGACUGGAAGAAAAUUUUACAACUACAACUGAUGAUCGAGUCAGCAGUCCUCGAGUUCUAGGGUAAGAAGAGAGAUAAAAAGGAAGGGGAAGAAAACGUCAAAAUUUAGCGAAAGCAGAGUUGCUGUUUCUAAAAUUCGUUCCUCAUCGCGGGGCCUGCCACUGUUAUUGCGAGAAAUAAGUCUAAAUGUGUUCGAUAGCUAUGCCAGCUGAACUGCUCCUGGGGCAUAGUCCUCCGGUGUACAGUUCUCUGCUGUACAAUCCUUUGGUGGUCACAGCGCCAACGAUUACCAGCAGGUCGGUACCACCCAGAAUCAGGCCAUGCCUUUCUUCGGGAUCUUUGACUCUGGAUGCGUUACGAAACAAUAAUAAUAACAGCAAGCAGAAGAAACGGGUGGUAUUCGCCGACGAUCGCGGCCGCCCGCUCACUCAGGUUCGUGUGAUGUCGGAGCCGAGCAAUGUGCCACCACUGUGGAGCACGGCUUAUGUGGCCGGUCUAACUGGCGGUCUGCUUCGUGCUUCGUCGAAGGAAGAUCAGGACGCUAUGCAGAACACCACGCCGCCUUGGCAAGUAACCUUCCCACAGCCAGCGAGCGAUUACCUCGCCUUCCGCCGCAAACUUGAUCAGGAUAACGUCAGCCUGGAGAAUGUAAUCGUGCGCGAGUCCGAGCAGUGCCUGGUAGGCACGGUGAAGGUCAGGAACCUGGCCUAUGAUAAGGAGGUUGUGGUAAGGGCCAGCAGCGACUGCUGGUCUACCCACGAAGACGUACAUUGCACGUACGUGGAGCAGCCUGGAGCAUUAGCUCUCAUUCUCUACGAUACCUUUCGCUUCCGGCUGACAUUGCCGGUGGCGUCAAACGUCAUAGAGUUUUGCGUACGAUAUCGCACUGAUGGUACAGAAUCAUGGGACAAUAACGAUGGCAAGAACUAUUUGAUACGCAAAAAACAGGAGCCUCGAAUAUCAGUCAAACGAUUCGACAGUACGUCGACAACAUGCAAUGGCCUCUUAAGCAAGGACGGGACGAAAGAUGGCGUUCAACGCAUCACGGAAGCCACCAAGAUGAACAUGCGCACAUGGAGCGAGUUUGCAUCCUGGCAUCAUCUGGCAAACGACGCUCCCUAUUGGUGAAUCCGUCGGGGAGGUUGUCUCCUCGUCAAUACGACGUACGAAACUGUACACGAAUCCUUCUAUUUGCUUUUUCGGCCUUCAAUCGCCGAGAUGUAGAUCAUGCGGGAUCACGUAGGUGUCUCGCGGCACAUGUGUCAGAGGAAACAGAAAAGAUGGAUGCGAGACGAGAAGAAAGAAGUUGCGCUUAAUGAUCUAAUUGGGAACGAAGAACGCGACGCGUGAAAAAAAAUGCGGAGGACGACAAUAAAAUGCAGCGGACGAACACGGGGAUAACGUAAUCUAUACGGUCCUGGCAUCCGCGGAGUCGUACAAUUAUAUCGUCGAGGUCAUUCGUCCGCUUCCAGAUUUAUACCAGCCACGUGUCCACCGGCGCGAAAACUUACCGAACAUCCUGUUCCUUCUUCUUCCUCUUCUCUUCCUAGGAUUUUCGAUCCUCCGAACCUGAUGAUGCCCGUCGAGAACAAGCUUUCGUCCUUGAAUCUGUUAGAUCUCGCUGAUCUCUUUGUUUCGGUGGUAAUUAUUAUUGGUAAUAGUUGUAUAAUUCUAUAAUUCUAUAAUUCUUCUUUCUUCUCCUCUUCUUCUUUCUAUCUUUCUCUACUUUUUUCUUUCUACCUUUUCCAAUAUCCUCGAUAUGAUCUUUACUGUUAAAAUAUAGAUUUGCGAUCGAGUGCGUCAUUAUUUUACGUAUAACGAAGCAAGAAUGUAUGUAUAACCUAAUUACGAGGCUUCUGUAUAAGCAAAUGGUUACAAUUAUCCUGCAGAUAUACAACGCAACUUGCCUUGACGUAUGAAACAACAUGUUGAACAACUGCUUUGUAACGUCAGCGUAUGUAACUCGCUUUUCAUGCAACACAAACACUCGAAAGAUAUCCUUAUUUGAAUGUGCUUAGUGCCUCUUGUGUUAUUUGAGUAACUGCCGUUGAAAUUAUUGUGAUUAAUUUUAUCGCAAAUCACAAACUGAAUCCGGCGUGGACAUUAUCAGCGAAAAAUAAUGGAAUUAUGAUAAUAAUACCAAUUAUGGGCAGAGCUCUUAUUCUCUAACUGGUGCUCAAUGCGUAACAGGUUUUUCCUGUAGUUCCUUCGGUGUGUACUAUUUCGUGAACAAAGGGUAACUUAUAUGUAUCGUUUGAGAUGUCAUGGAAUUUUUUCUUCAAUAUUAUAGAAAGUAGUGAAUAAAACUUUCUUAGUAUUUUAACGUUCGCUACAUCGAUUUACAUGGAAAACAGGGUUUGUUAUUGAAUCCCUAAGACUGCAGAAAAAAAGUUUUCCCCUUUCUUUUUUUCUUUUCGUUUGGAUCAACUUUCAUAACAUAUCCUUUCGCGCAUAAACAAGUGUUCCCUGAUCCGUAUAAAGUAUUAAGAGGAAUUCAUUAAAAAGUAGAUACAUGUUGAGAUUUUCUUAUUUUAUUUUGACAUGUUCUAACAUAGAAGACGAAAUAUCUAUUUUUCGAUGACUUCGUCUCAAUACUUUUUUUCAUAAAUUGAUGAGGAGAAUCUAUUUAUGUAAGAAAAAUAUAUGAUUUUACAUAAAAAAGGAUACAGGUCGUUUUCUGUCCUCGAUAUUGAUUUUUUGACAAAAAUCAAGUGACACUUGAAAAAGAAUUUAAAGCGUCGAGAAGGAAAUGUUGUGAAUGUUUAACUCAGUAUAAGCAGGGGAAGAAAAGUUUCACGAAUGUAUCGCAGGAACCGCGAAGAAACGAAAUGCCAAAUAGCUUCGAGCAUGAUGGCGCGUUCUAAUUAGGAUAAAAUUCAUAUAAAUUUAAGUGGUGAGUCAGAUUUUAUUUCGGAAUUCAUCAGCAGGAGUGUGAAGUGUGUAUAUAUCAACACGUGGUUCGUAUGGUACAUUCGUGUAAUUAUCUCCUUUUUAAGUACGGAAAGAAAUUUAGCACUUUUUGUUCUACUGCACUGAUAACUCGAAUGUACGAGUGUUAAGUUGGAUUUCUAGUCGAGAAGCAAAUAUUUAUAAUCAUUAGCCUAGCGUUUAAUCGAAUUUGGGAACGUAAACUUUUACUUAAUUUGUGAAACUAUUUGCAGGAAAUGUUAAAGGACGCAACGUCUUCUAUAAAAUACCACAGAUGUUUACUGUUAAGCGCUUUUUUAACGUCGAUAUUAACUUGUUGUUAGAAUAUAAGUAGUAUGCCGAGAAAACGAUCGAUAUAUAUUUUGAAAAUAUUAAACUGUUAGAGUCUAACACUAGUAUGUAUACUUUUCAGCUUUUAGUUCUCGCAAAUGGUAGAUAAUUAUAUUGUAAAUAUGUAUCUAUAUAUUUGUAUAUGUACAGAAUUAUUAGGUUGUUGCAGAUGAAAUGGCCAUUUUGGAAUUUUCAAUUUAAACUUUUAUUUGACACAUCUCAUAUACAUCUUGUCAAUCGAAAUAGUCUCCAUCCACCUCGAUACACUUCCCCCAACGUGAUACAAGCCCGUCAAUGCCUUUCACGUAGAAAUUGGAAGAGCGAGAUGCAAGAAAUUUGUCGAACGCACUUUUACAUUCUAUUUGGAGUAUUUUUUCACUUAAAAAACUAUCCACACGCAUUACAAACAAACGGUAAUCUUCGGACUAACAUCUGGUGGUUCGAUCACUUACAGAACCUUCCCCAAAAACUGUGCUUACGUUUCGCGUCACCUCGGCCGCGCUAUAGCAAGUUUGAAUUCGUACAAGAAUAUUUACCUGCAUUUCUUUACUUUCGAUGUCGAAGAAACAACGUUUUUCAACGAUAUAAACAAUAUAUAUAUGAAAUUAAGGUUACACGUGUGAGAUGUAUACUUUUCAAAUAUCACACAUUCAAUGACAGCUGCGUAAAGAAAGCUGAACUACCCAACCGGGAAAUUUGAAUUAUGACAAACGACCGAUUUCAUCUGCAAUAACCGAUACAAAGUAUGUAUAUAUAAUUGCAACUUGCGUAUGGUCUUUCCGAUAUUGCUUAAUAUUGCUCAAUAUUCGUUCAAAUUAAUAUAUAUUUAAAUAAAUAAUACUCAUUAAUAGCUCGAUUAUAUAUUCAAACAGACAUUCAAACGCAUAUAUAGUAUCAAUUAUAACUCAUUCUUAAAAAGUCGAAUUUUUUAUUGACUUUUAAUAAGUGAAAACAAGAAAGAAAACGAAUUUUCAAAAUGUGGGUUUCAUAAAUAGUUUUUCCCGGUAUAAAUUAACAUUUGAUUAUGAUCGGAAAAAUUAUUUAACGUCCGUAGAAUUGGUUUGUACACGUCAAUUAGUAUGGAAUUUGUCAAUUUUUUCCAAAUAUUCGCAAAAUAGUGACAGCGUUAUAAAAGUUUACUUUUAGAGUAGUAGUGAAGCGAAAUAUAACACAAACGCUUAAAUCCAAACGCACGAGCUCUUUGAAUGUGACAUUAUCUGGUGUCAAGUUUCUCGUCAUCGAUUCUUCGUUUUCUCAUCUCACAACUCUGGCAAAUUUUCAUAAUUGGAACACAAUAUUGGGACAACCCUUCGAAAUCGUUUUUACGUUCUUCUCGAACUUUUUCAAAGUCCAUCUGUGUAUCUUUUAGCUCUCAACGUUUCGAAUGCAUAUUUUUAACAGAUAUACUAUGUUUAAAUGUUCAAUUAUGUCAGAUAUAAUAUACAUUUACCUCUAUCCUAUGCUGUUAAACGACGACAAUAUUCAAAUACUUAUUCAAAUAUUACAAUGUUCAAAUAAUCA